GUUCGCGAGCUGUAGUCACACAUCCAGAAUAGCAGUCGGAGAAUCUAGAGUUUUAACAACAUUUUGGCCGAGUUGAGUUACUAAUGACUUAAUUAUUACAUCGGCGCACUUGCAGUGGGCUGCGUGUCGUCGGUCUGGAUCUGUUGGCACAUCCGGAGCUGUAAUUAGUUGAGGGAAGAUGCAACAGGUCCCGUACGGAUCUGUGGAUCGAGACAAGCCUCUCAUCCGUGUGCCUUUCACCCGGUUAGCGGUGAUCACGGUGUGCCUGCCUCUGCUCGGCCUCAUCGCCUGCAUCGUGCUGGCUGUCCUCUACCACUACAAUGAUGCGACCUACACACACUGCCAGGUUCCUAACUACCUCCCAUCCAUCAGCGCGGCCAUUAGUCUGACACCAGAGCGCUACAUCUGGCGUUUCAGCAUCGGCCUGCAUUCUGCCCCGCGCUUCCUGGUGGCAGCAGCAUACUUGAGCUUUUACCACGGACGCUUUUCCAAGAGGUCGAUGGAGCAGCUUUUGAGUGGCCUCACAUUCCUCUUAGCUUUAAGUGAAAAUAUAGGACUGCUUCUGCUCACCUACGUCUCCUCCAAUGAAACCUACAGUGUCCAUAAAAGCGGCUUCAUCUUGUUUAUCGGCAGCUCCCUGGUCCACAUGUUGUGCACCUGCAAGCUGUGGUCUUUGAUAGCGAAGUAUUCCCUCAGUUCAGAGGAGAUGAUGUCAUACCGCCAGAAGUUCCGCCUCUUCCUCUUCAACGGUUUCUUCUGUCUGUUGGCUGCCUACUUCUACAAGCGGCACAACACUUACUGUGAAGCAGGAAUUUACACGUUGUUUGCUCUGUGUGAGUAUCUGGUGGUGCUGUCCAACAUGGCCUUCCACAUGACUGCCUACUGGGACUUUGGAGGUAAGGAGGUGAUGGUUGCAACACCUCCAGAGGGAAAGCGCUUCUGACACAGGAAGUGAUUACUUGCAUCAUCUCCUUGAGACACUAGGGCUCUGCGGGCGGCACUCAUGCUGAUUCAGGGUCGACACUGAUCGAGCAAUGCAUGAAUGUGUAGAAAGAGACUGUUUACAUCUUGACACAUGGUCUUUUAACUCGCUUCAAAAAAUGACAGAUGUCGUUUCAAAGAUCAUCGUCAGUGGUGUGCUACAAUUUGAACCGUUCCAUUGUUUAUUCAGGUGGACUUGGAACGGCUGAUUAUGUCCUAGUCAAAUACAUUUUUUACUUAGUGUCAAGUGCCAUGUCUGUCUCUUUCUAAUGGGUUUGUCAGGGUCAUACAUCGGUUUCACUCAAACUUUAAUAUAUGUGCUUAUUGUUUGUCCAUAUUUCCAAAUGUAACAGUAAUUGAAGUCUGAGGAGUGAUGAUGGAUUUGAUGAUGGUUUGCAGCUGCUGUGUCACAAGCUUCUACACACUGACUGCUGGUACUACUGAAAGACAUUCGCUUCAGCCACAGCACACAUUUCUCUUUGUAAACGCUAAUGUAAAUCAUGUCAAAAGUCAUUCUAAACUGCCUUUUGCACAGCAUUUCUUGCGUACCUUCUAUAGGGGCUAGAGAGCAUUGUGAAGUUUGUACAUGUUUUAUAGUGCAGUUAUUGAUCAUGAACGACAUGGGCUCUUAGUGCACAAUUCAUUGCCAUUGGUUGAAUGUGAAAACUGCUACAGUGCAAUAUGACAUGUGACCCCUCUCAUAGAUCACCCGAGAUGUUGUCAACACGACUGCAUAUUAUAAUGCUUUUUAUGAUGUACCAAAAAUACUGUUUUUAAAUCGGUGUCAAAAUAAAUAUUUGGAUGAAAAGUAAAUGGAUCGUUUCUGAGAUUAGCAUAUUCAUAUUUACUAGAUAAAUGAGUACAUUAUCCAUUAAUUAAUGGCUGAUCUGUAUUAUUGGAAUAUUUUUUUAAAGUUUAUUUGGUUAGACUUUAUUUUAAGGUGUCCUUGUAACACGUUAUAUGAACUUAUUAUUAUUAUUAUAAUAGCAAUAAUUUAUGCAUAAUUACAUGCAAGUAACCAAACUGUAACCAUAAAGUAAGUACAUCUUGUUUGUUAGUAUUACUCAGUACUUAAAUGUAUAAUCACACUGUAAUAAGGACACCUUAAAAUAAAGGUUAACCUUUUUUCAGAUGUCCUUGUUUUAAGUGUAAUUAUACAAUUAAGUACUGAAUAAUAUUUAUUAAGAAUAAUACUUAUUGUAUGAAAAGGGUUCGAUUUGGUUUAGGGUAAGUUGCUUGUAAUUAUGCAUAAUUUACUGUUAUUACUAUAGUAAGUACAUGUAACGUACACUGUAAAAUAGUGUUACCUUAAUUUUUCAAUCUAUGCAUGAUUUAAUUUUUUGAUGAUU